AUGGACUUUCCUGCUCCAGAAAUGAGUCCACAAACGAACUUCAAUUAUGGAUUGGUGGCUUUGUUUAUUUUCGCAUUAUCAUAUUUUCUUUGGAAAUUCUUCCGUUCUUGGUCUGAAAACUCGUCAACUGUUAGUGAUUCACAUCGCUUAGCUAUGGAAGCUGCCAGAGCAAAAUUUCAAGCUGAAUUCAAUGCUGAGGUUGCUCAGUGCAAAUCUAAAAAUCAAGACGAGAAAGAAGGGAAAAGUAAUGUUCGUGAAAGUACUCAUUCUGGUGAGAAAAAGAAACGAUUCCGACUCAAUGAUUACAAUCCUUUAAUGGGUGAUACUGGGACAACUUACAGGCCAACUUCACGAUUUUGUUCAACUGGUGGAUGA